UUUCUUUGGGUAAAUUUGCUAGACGACUGGCUCCUUAGGUGGGAAAGCUUUCGAGAAAGCAUAAAAUUGCGGUCCUUCCUUUUGACUCACCUCCUCAAUCUUUCUCAUCACCUACCUCACAGUUUAGGUUGGAUAUUCAUUUUCAGGAGCUGUCAAUCAUAAAAUAUUGGUGGGUUUUUUUAAAGGAGAAGAAGAAGAAGAAGAAGCAGAGAAGAUGGGAGCUAUAAAACAGACAUUUUUCAUAUCACAUGGAUCACCCACCCUUUCCAUAGAUGAGUCGUUGGCUGCCAGACGCUUCUUGCAGGGUUUUAGAGAAACUGUCUUUAGCCAGAGACCAAAAGGCAUUCUAGUGAUAUCUGCCCAUUGGGAUACUUCGGAACCCUCUGUGAAUGUCAUCCAUGGCUGUCACAACACUAUCCAUGAUUUCUAUGGCUUCCCCAGGCCUAUGUACGAGCUGAAGUAUCCUGCUCCUGGAGCUCCAGAAUUGGCAAAGAAAGUGAAGGAACUGCUCAAAGGUUCUGGUUUUAAUUAUGUAUAUGAGGAUAAGAAGCGUGGUUUGGAUCAUGGAGCAUGGGUUCCCCUCAUGCUUAUGUACCCAGAGGCUGAUAUACCCGUCUGCCAGCUAUCCGUCCAGUCAAGCCAGAACGGGACUUACCAUUACCAAAUGGGAAGAGCAUUGGCGUCUCUGAAGAAUGAGGGCUACCUCAUAGUCGGUUCUGGAUCUGCCACGCACAACUUAAGGUCUCUCCACGAAUCCAGUUCUAUUGAUUCUUGGGCUUUACAAUUUGACACAUGGCUCAAAGAUGCCCUUCUCAGCGGAAGGUAUGAUGAUAUUAUGCACUAUGAAGAGAAGGCACCACAUGCAAAAACUGCUCACCCUUGGCCUGAACACUUUUAUCCGUUACAUGUUGCAAUGGGGGCUGCAGGUGAAAAAUCAAAAGCGGAACUUAUCCAUCAUAGCUGGAGUCUUAACUCUCUUUCGUACGCUUCAUACAAGUUUGAUGCAACCGAUUAAAGAAUUAUGCUUCUUUAUGUGUUACUCUUGUAUAAUAAGAGCACACCAUACAGAAAAACUGUGAAUAAUGUUGAAAUUAUACGUGUAUGAAGUUUCUUAUUGGUUUUAUGUGGACAAAAAGGCUACUUGUGAUGUUGCCUUUGUAAUCUUCUUUUGCUUUAA